AACCGAUUUGCUUCCUCCUGUGAGUGGUUGCGGGGUUGCACCUGUGAAGCGCAGACAACCUGCUAGGAUCUUGGUAGGCGUACACCGCUCACUCCCACUCAAGCGCGGACGACUCAGGCUUGUCUCCUUCGCUCAUCCAAGUUUGUCUUGAGACUGGGCUUUGAGCUGGCACUGCAGUGAAACGCUGCAGAUGAGGAAGUGCCCAAGUUUUCCUUCGGGAACUGCUCGUUUAGAGGAGUCAGGAGAAGAAGUCAUUGUUAUAUCCCAAAUUUAGAAGCCACUUAUCUUGGGAGCGUUCCGAGGUUCUAAAAAGCAAGUAACUUAUGUCAAUUUACUAAGUGUGGGAAAGUGACCCAUAACUUCAAACAUCCGCCUCAGAGUAAACCUGAAGCAUUUGGGGACAAGUGCCAGACCCUCCGCGGCCUAUCAUGCACGGCAGAGCUUACCUCUUGCUGCAAAGAGACUUCUAUGAUCUCAAGGAGAACAAUUAUAAGGGCAUCACUGCUAGGCCUGUAAGUGAAGACAUGAUGGAAUGGGAAGUCGAAAUUGAAGGUCUACAGAAUUCAGUCUGGCAGGGUUUAGCCUUCCAACUGACAAUACAUUUUACAUCAGAGUACAACUAUGCUCCUCCAGUUGUGAAAUUUGUAACAAUUCCUUUUCACCCAAAUGUAGACCCACACACUGGUCAGCCCUGUAUAGACUUUUUGGACAAUCCUAAGAAGUGGAAUACAAACUAUACAUUGAGCAGCAUCUUACUUGCCCUACAGGUUAUGCUUUCUAAUCCGGUGCUAGAGAAUCCAGUGAAUUUGGAAGCAGCCAGAAUACUGACUAAAGAUGAAUCUCUGUACAGAACAAUUCUAAAACUUUUCAACCGGCCAUUACAAAUGCUCAAAGAUCCAAAUUUCAUUGGACAGUAUUACAAAUGGAAGAAAAUGGAUCUACAGCAUCAUAAAGAAUGGAAUUUAAAGUAUUCUGUUAUCAAGUGUUGGCUUGCUAGAAAAAAUAGAAUGCCUCAUGAAGUCAGACACUCAAUGGAAGGAAUUAAGCUCUGCCCAACUCAAAAUGAAAUUUUUCUUGAGUCACCAACUGCAAUAAAUAGCGUCACAAACAUUUAUGAAACAGAAGAGGAGGGCUGGAAGAGUGACACUUCAUUAUAUGAAAAUGACACAGAUGAGCCCUGGGAAGAGGAAGUGGAAGAUCUAAUCUCCUGGAUCAACACUCUCAAUAUAAAUACUUUAGAAGAUUAAGCAGAACAUUAUCAGAUUAAAAAACUAAACAGCCUCCGCCAUAGCCCAGUGUUGUGGAGCAAUUUUGGAAGACUCUCAGAACUUGGAUUUCAUUUUUUUCAGGCUAUUCUCACCCGCUCACUGCAAGUACAAACAAAUACAAAUUAGAAAUAUAAGUACAAAUCAGUAAA